AUGCUUCUGGAAGAUGUGGACAAUUCUACCCCUCGUUUGAAUUCCUUCCACUGCGCCAAGUCACAUCCUAGCAAGCCUGCCAUUCGCGGUCCAACUGGGUCUUUGCUUGCAGCCCUCCUGUCCGCUAUUCACAUCCGGCCGACAGGGAUACUGCUUCUUUCCGAUCAGGGGGGACACUGA